AUGGCCGGCAUCGCAGGUGCAGAGCUAGAGCGCCUGCUUCACUCCGGUGACUACGCCGACUUCAGAAUCAUCUGCAAUGGUGCCACCUUCCCCUGUCACAAGAACAUUCUGGCUUCGAGCUCGGCAUUCUUUAAGGCUCUGUUACAAGGCGGCUGGAAGGAAUCGACAGACAAUGCAGUCAACUUUCCAGAGGAUGAUCCCGAGGCGUUCGGUACUGUGCUACAUUAUUUGUACACUGGCGAGUUCUUGUCGGAGAGGACUACUAGAUUUGCCUCAUGGAUGAGGUCUGUAACCUCCGCAACCUCCAAGUCGUUGCCUACCACCUCCAACGCCAGCUCUCGCACCCCGGAACUUGGAUUGGCAGAGGACAGCUCCAAGACCUCUAUUCCUCCAACAAUGUCAGCCUACCGGCGCCUUAUUCUAGCCUAUCAGAUUGCCGACAAACUUGACAUCGAGUCAAUCAAAGACCAGGUGUUCAGCUUCUUCCAAAAGAGCGGAGCGUCUGCUUUUCUCCUCGCCGACACAUUUGCCGACGAUCUUGAGCUGUUCUACAACGUCACACGAAACAAUGAUCUAUACCUGCGCGGGUGGGUGACUCAACACUGCAUCAUCCAUUCACCGGAGCUGUUGUCGAAGCCUGAGGUUAUUGUCGUUAUGAAGGAUCACGAGCCCAUGGCAUGGGCAUUAGGUGUCCUAAAUCAAGCGAAGCUCGAGUCGAUGAGGCAGAGCAAGAUCAGACUAGCCGGCAAGCUUAGGAGUUGUGCGACCAGCCUUGAAGCUUCUGUCGAGAAGGAGCAGAAGCUAAACAAGGAGAACAUCACCCUCACCGAGGAGAAGACCAUCCUCAGCAGUACAAUAGUCUCCCUGAUGGCAGAAAAAGGCAAGCUACAGGAUGAGUGCAAUGCCGCAAAGGCACAAGUUGUGCAGCUUACAAAGAAGAAUCGACAGUCGGCCAACGCCCAAAAGAGGAUGAGGAUCCAGCACAGUAAGCAGCUGGAGGCAAUCCAUCAGCAAGACCGUCAAGAGCGGCAGGAGCGGCAGCAACGACAGGUGCGACAGCAGCAACAGGAGCGUCAACAUCGGCAGCGCCAGGAGCAGCGACCACAGCUAUCGCGCCAUGAUUUUGAUGCUCUUAGACCCAUCCCGCUGAGUAUCUACGAGAGCAUAACAGGACAUCGCCGUGCCUGA